AUCUGGUGAUUGUGCUGGCUGACGACAAGCUGUUUGGGAGAAAGAAGGUGGUUAGCAUCUGCCGGGAGGCCGUGGCUUGCGGUCCUUCAAGAUCCGUGUCUGCUGGAAAUCACAGCCGUUUUGUUUCCUUCCAGAGCGUGAUUCUGCCCAUGCUCAGGGUCAUCUGUCAGCCUGAGUUUUUCAACAAUCCUGCAUCGAGCAAGGUCAACGUUACCCUAGCAGCAAUCGUCGAGGUGGAAGGUCUUCAGGAGUACCUAAUCGGCUGCAUGCGCCUCCUAACCCAACGCGGGAUGAUCCGCGACCUGUCACGGGACGACGACAAUAUCACCGACUGGGACACAGCAUUCCACGUCAUCAUCAGCUUCUUCAACCUCACCAUGGAUCGAUUCUAUUCUCUCUUCGACGCGGCGCAAGCCAGCGCAGACAUGCAGGAGCUGGAAGGCAUGCUUGAGAAGUGGCAGAGAGAGAAGCCGGUGUUUGAUGGCAAGUACCAUAGCAUUCGGUCGGUGAUCUACAGGCUGAGGAAGUCGCUGGAUAGGCGGCAGCACAGUGAGAGACAGAAGCAGAGGAUGGAGGAAGGGCAGCUACUGCAUGCUGACUUCUUCCCUACAGGUCAGCAUCCGUCCAGCAUGCAGGAUGUGGAUGGUCCGGGCGAGCUCAGCUUGGAAGGCCGCCCCCGGCAUGAUAACGACCAUCUUGAAAUAUCAGCCAUUUCGGUUGCUCCAACGAUGGAGGAAGUUCUCUGCAAAGCCUCACCAUACCUGCCACACAACCACCCCAGCGAGCCACACCACCUGCCAGCGGGCUCGGUGGCCCGCCACGUGGACAUCCAAUUCCGCCUGCUCCGCCACGACUUGAUUGCCCCACUCUGGAGCAAGGCGCUCUUCCUCUUCCACCGUCUCAACCAGGAAUACUCCCGGGGUGCCGACGGGGGAAGUAACAGUGGGAGCAGUGGCGGAAGGGAGGAUGCGAUGGGGCUGUUGAGGGCGGACAGGGAGUUGGUGCGAGGUCUGACAGAUGACAUGAAGGGCGUGGUGGGGUUUUCCUCGGAGGACAUGGACGUGUAUCUGCUGCGGGGUGUGCACGUGCUGUCCAUCAACACAGACAAGCGGAGCGGGGUUUACUUUCUCAUUGACUUCCUUGAGCCUCCCAUGCCCCGGGGCCGGAAUGCCCGUAACAGGGUGGAGUUUUGGGACAACACGCGGAGGCUGCAGAACGGCUCGCUGGUGUGCCUGUGGAUCCGAGACAUCCAGCGCAGCCACACUCACAAUCAGCGCACUCGCAGGCAGCAGCAGCUCCCCCUUGCGGGAGACACUUCAGCGAGUGACUCUUCCUCCCACCGGCUCGUCUUUGCGACUAUCACAGCCCGAGAUACGAAGAGGCUCGCCACUGCCAGGCCGCAGAUUGGGGUGCAGCCGUGCGGGGAGAACGGGUUCAGUGCAGACCUGCUGGAGCUGAUUGCUCAGGACGGCAGUGGGGGCAGAGGCGGGAGUAAGGGCGUACAGGUGGUGAUGCUGGAGGCGCAUGGGAGUUUUUUUGCGUAUGAGCCGAUUCUGAAGGCGCUGCAGAGCAUCACUGACACGUCACUGCCCUUCUCUGAGUACAUCUGUGGGGCAGCUGGCGGAGCACCUGGGGGGGUACCUGGAGGGGCACCUGGGUGGGUACCUGGAGUGUACAAGCUGCCUGCUUACAUCAAAGGUGGCAUGAUGUACGACUUGAGCUUGCUGCUCAAGACCAAGCCUCCCUCUUCCUCCUCUUCCCAGCAGGCAGCGAAUGCUCCAGAGGACGAGUUCGCCAUCAGGAAUGUGAUGAUCUCCAGCCCCACCGCCUUCCCUAUGGAUGCCCUCCUGCGCUGCACAUCGCUGGACGAACCUCAAUCUGUGGCUCUGCGAGCUGCCCUCACUCAGGAGUUCGCUCUGCUGCAAGGCCCUCCGGGAACCGGCAAGACGUUCGUGGGGAUCAAACUUGUGGAGAUUCUGCUGAGAAAUCCACUCAAGAGCAGCUCGUCAGGUCAUUUUGCUCGAGGCAGGGAGUUGGCCAGUUCCGCGGGGCCCAUCCUGUGCGUGUGUUUCACCAACCACGCUCUGGAUCAGUUCCUGGAGGGCCUCAUUGCCAGCGGCAUCAAGAACGUGGUGCGAGUGGGAGGAAGGAGCAAGUCGGAGGUUCUGCAAGAGUACAAUCUCCUCAACAUCAUCCGGAGCUCCAAUCUGGAUCGCAGCAGAACGUACAGGCAGUCGAGCUACGAGGUGGGCAGCAAGCUAAGGGAGGUGGAGGAGGUGAUAGGCACGUACAGUGACGCCCUGCAGCAGCGCAGCGACAACGUGGCGGCUGUGGCGUGGGGUACUAUCGCCUCCCACCUCGUGGCCAAUCAUCCCGUCUACUUCCAAGCCCUCCGUACUGUCAGCAAGGCAGAUGCUGAUGGUUAUGAGCAAGUGGGGCGAGACAACUGGAAGCGGUGGAAGCAAGGCCUGCCCAAGGAAACCCUUCGCCGCAAGAAAGGUGCUGGUGAUACAUGGGGGGAUCAAGGUCAUGUAUCAGGCAGGGGGAAGGGAGGCGUAGGAGGAGGAAGGGCCGGAAUGGCGCCACAGGGAGGGGGAGUAGGAGUGGGGGGAGUGGGGAUAGCCGCUUCUGGACAACAGGCGGGCACACAGAACGUGUUUGAUGCCCUGGGUUUCCUUGGUGAGUUCGAGGUUGGGGAGGGGUGGGGUGCAAGCAGAGCGAGGGACGGCGGAGUGAGUGAGGAGCUGAGCGAAAUGGUGGGCAUGAUGGCUACUUUCUAUGAGGGGGAUGGCAGCGGUAGUGGGGAUGAGGUGGCAGGCACGGGCCUUGACUACUCGUGGCUAGGCCUUGUGCCCUCAGGGAGAGCGAGAGGAGCAGGAGGAGCAGGCGGGGCAGGAGCGGCAGGAGUGGCAGGAGGGUUCCCUAUGGAGGAGGAUCUCUCACAUGCGUUUGGUGACUCGGGCUUUCACGACGGCAGGCAAGGCCAGGGCACGAAUCAACCCCAUGGCGGUACUGGCAGCAGAGGAAGCCAAGGCAGCAGCAAGGGGAAGAAAGGCAGCAAACAGGAGCACGGGAGCAAGGGGAAGGAGGAGGAGGUGGUGGAGGAGGAGGUGUGGACUGGUCCGGAGGUGGAUGAGAGAAGUGACAGGGGGGUGGAGGAGCUGCUAGGGUUGGAGGACCCGUGGGCGACGAGUGGACGGGAGAGGAGGAAGCUGGUGGAGUUCUGGGUGGGGGAGCUGCGCGCCACUGCCACUGCUGCCAUUGAGGCCGAGGUGGCGAAUUACUCCAGGUGUGUGUGCUGCUGGAAGGUGAGUGAGCGCAGUGAGCGCCAGCAGGUAGAGGACCUGCAAGGGAAUAUCACCCUGAAGGUGAGGGAGCGCAGUGAGUUACAGCAAGUGGAGGACCUGCAGGUGCUGAGGAGGGCACAGGUGGUGAAGAAGGUGAGGGAGCGCAGUGAGUUACAGCAGGUGGAGGACCUGCAGGUGCUGAGGAGGGCGCAGGUGGUGGGCAUGACCACGUCCGGGGUGGCCAAGAUGCAGUGCCUCAUCACGGCGCUCGGCCCGCGCGUCAUCAUCGUGGAGGAGGCAGCUGAGGUGCUCGAGGCCCACAUCCUCACCUCGCUCACCCCGCAGACACAGCAUGUUAUUCUCAUAGGCGAUCAUCUGCAGCUGCGCCCCAAGGUUGAAGUCUACGAGCUGAGCAAGGACUCCCACAAGGGCUUCGACCUGGACGUCUCUCUCUUUGAACGCCUCGCCCUCUCCCGGCAGAUUCCCGUGUACACCCUCGCCACGCAGCGCCGCAUGCGUCCAGAAAUUGCCGACCUCAUCCGCUACACCAUCUACCCCGACCUCCGAGACCACCCGUUCGUCCAAGGCUACCCAAACGUGAGGGGCAUGGCGGCGAAUCUCCAUUUCUGGGACCACAACUUCCCUGAGACAGGGGGUGACGACCUGAGGGAGGGCAAGUCCAAGUCCAACGCGGGCGAGGCAGCCAUGGUGGUCGCCCUCGCCACGUACCUGCUGCAGCAGGGGUACACGGGAGGGGAGGUUACCAUCCUCACGCCUUAUGUAGGCCAGCUGCUGAAGCUGCGCCAGGCGCUUUCUCAGGUGGUGAACGUGCGCCUGGGGGAGGGGGAUGCGGAGGUGGUGGAGGAGGCAGAGGAGAAGGCGGCUACUAGGGAAGGUGGAGCUGCAGGGGAGGAGGUUGGAAAUGGGAAGGGGUUGGGGCUGGAGUUUGCUGCGCCGAAGGCGGUUACGGCGAACCUGAAGGAUGCAGUUCGGCUGGCCACUGUUGACAAUUUCCAGGGCGAGGAGAGCACGGUGAUCAUCAUCUCGCUCGUACGGAACAACGUGGAUGGCAAGAUCGGGUUCCUCAAGAGCCCCAACCGCACCAACGUGCUGCUCUCCCGCGCCAAGCAUGGCAUGUACAUCAUUGGUAACGCCAGCACUAUGAGAGCAGCUACGUCCAAGUCCGUGCUCUGGCCUCGGAUUAUGGACAUGCUGGAAAGCAAGGGGCGCGUUGAGAAGUUCAUUCCGCUGCGCUGUGUGAACCACCCCGACACGGUGACGCACAUUGAGAGAGCGGGGGAGUUCAAGAAGAAGGCCAGUGAGGGCGGAUGCUCCCAGAUGUGCGGCUUCCGGCUCACUCCUUGUGGUCACACCUGCCCCCGAAGGUGCCAUGGCGAUGACAGGGCACACGCCAACGCGUUCUGCCCCAAGGAGUGCAACCGCAUUCGCCCUCUGGAGGAAUGUCCGCACUGGCACACGUGCCCCAAGCAGUGUGGCGAGGAGUGUGGGCCCUGCCUCGUCACCAUCAAGGCACUCACGCUCCCCUGCGGCCAUCAGGCCUUCAAUGUCCCCUGCUUCAAGGCUCAGAAUCCCACUUCCAUUUUCUGCUCAUUUAUGGUGGAAGUCACAAUGCCGCUGUGCGGGCACAAGCAGAAAGUUAAGUGCGGCGAGUCUGCCACCAGAGUAGCCAACCCCAAGCACUGCACCGCUCGCUGCGGGGUCUUCCUCUCAGACUCCUGCGGCCACACCUGCAUCUCUCCCUGUGGUCACUGCAUCGUUGCUCCAGCUACUACUACCACCAACCAGGGGCGUGGCUUGCAGCACCUGCCGCAGCAGCAGCAGCAGCAGCAGCAGCUGGAGAAGCUGGAGAAAAACCACAAGAAGUGCUCGCAGCCAUGCCAGCGCCCGCUCCCCUGCGCGCACCUCUGCCCGGAUCCCUGCCACAGCGGCACACCCUGCAAGCCCUGCACCAGGAAGUGCCUCGUGGCCUGCCAGCACAGCUCCUGCCCCCAACCCUGCCACCGAACCUGCGCGCCCUGCGCCGAGCCUUGCGGGUGGCACUGCAAGCACCAAGGCCGAUGCUCCCUCCCCUGCGGCGCCCCCUGCGACCGCCUCCCGUGCGAGCAGAGGUGCGAGAAAAAACUCCAAUGCGGCCACCAAUGCCCGUCCCUCUGCUCCGAGAAAUGCCCUCCGAAGGGGUUCUGCACGGUUGAAGGGUGUGGGGAGGAGGAGAAGAGGGAGAUGACUGUGGAUCUGGUCACUCUGGAAACGCUAGGGGAGAUUGAUCCGGAUGAGAGUCCUGUGCUGGUGCUGCCAUGCGGUCAUGCUUACACUGUGGAGACUCUAGAUGGCCACCUGGGCCUGAACCAGGUUUACCAAGAGACAGAAGAUGGGCUUGCUGGUGGCACCAGUGCACCAGGAGGUGGGGCUGGAGGAGGGGCUGGAGGUGCGUCGGAAGCAGGUGCAGCUGCAGGCAAAUGGGUGGCAGUCCGGCCGUUUGAGGAUGGAGAUCUGUCCGCUCUGAAGGGCUGCCCGGAGUGCCGCCAGCCAAUCACAGGCCUCCGCCGGUACGGCAGGAUGGUGAACAAGGCGCUGCUGGACGAAUCAGAACGCAAGUUCGCUCUCAGCUGCCUGGCCGACCAGCAGCAGCUCCAGCACAAGCUGUCGCAGCUAAGCCAGGCUGUAUCCGCGUGCUCCGAGGGUGCCCAACCGAGGCAGUUAGAGAAGCUGGCCAAGCAUGCGACCUAUCAGGUAGUGGAGGCCAACAAGGUGCGAGGCACAGCCAUGAAACCGCCUACCCAGCAGACGUACCAGGCUUCUAUAGCUGCGCUGCAGAGAAAGCACGUCCAGUUGGGAGCAUCGUCAUGUGGGGUAAAUUCCCCUGCAAAUCCGCCUCCUGCGGAUCUAGGUGCUGUUCCUUCAGCGUCAGCGUGGGAGGAGGAGUGCCAGCUGCUGUAUGUUCCCCAGCCGGACCCCCGGCCCCUCUGUGAAGCACUCAUGAUGCUGGGGAAAGCUUAUCAGCUUCUCAUGUCUGCUAAUUUCUUCCAGCUGCGCUGCCUGCUGAAAGAACUCCGGGAUCUGGCUGGUCGGACUGAUAACAACAGCACAGGUAGAGCAGAGUUUUUCACUCGGCGGGUGAAGAAUUGCAGGGAGGUUGUGCGGAUGGGGCUGCGGAAUGCGGAGAAGCAUGUGGGGGAGGCGGUGGAUUGGGCAGCGAAGCGCAGGGCGCAUCGGCUGGGGGCAAGGGGAAGGCUGGAGAUGGUUGAUGUGUUCCGUGCGUUCGUGGAAGGCAUGAUGGUGGAGCGCCUGCUCUCAACCUCCCCGGCUGGCCUGGAAGCAUCAAAGAAGCAGCAGCUGGAGUAUCUGGAGAGGGCCAAGAUUCAGUGCCGCAUGGUGGCCUCGCACCACCUGGAACCUGUCAGAGAGAGCGACAGCCUUGGGGGCAGCGCUCGGAGAAUGCUUGAGAAAGACUUGAGCGAGCUGGAGCAAUCUGUUCGCGACGAGCCUCGCUACUUUGCUGUGACUGAGCGCGAGAAGGCCGACAUUUUCGAGGCAGUGGGCCUGGGAGGGAAUCACUG